AUAUCGAAAUUACGAUACAUUAAUGUCCAAUCUACGUCCAAUCGCACUUGCUAUCUAUACUCUUGCACUGGCGUCAUGGCUAAUACAUUAUUUUCCGUAAUGCUUAUGUUGAAUUCAGUAAACGCGGCUAGUGAUUGAGAUAGUACCUAGAUCCUUUCGUCGCUUUUCCGUAACUCGACGAUCAAUGUUCCGUAGAACCUUUGCCAAGCAUGCACAUUUUCAGAGACCUCGCGGAUCCUGCAACGAGCGUUAGUCUUCUUCACCUCGACAAAUCGAAAACUGCGGCCGAUGUCGUUAAAAAAAGAAGCGACACGGAAAGCGCUGGUAGAUAUUCCCGGUCGGAGGUGGAUGGUGCAUCGUCUCGUGGACAACGGAGACCAAGGAUCAAUUUGUCUCGACUCUUCGGACGGAACAAAGACAAAGUAGCAGGCACUGAUACAGACACCAUGAAGACCGUCGUUACCGUUGACGACGAGAAGGUUCAGACCGUUGAGCCAGCCACACAGGAAGGCAGAACGAAUCCUCCAGCGGGCGAGGGUGGAAUAGUAUACGCGGAGUUGGACCUCACGCAACAACAGCAAGCUGCACCUCGCAGACUUAACGAGGAUAAAACGGAAUAUGCUGAGAUUUUGUACACGAAACCAGAAUCCGAGGAACCGACCGACAAAUAAUUGCAUUUCUGCAAAUGAAUUAUUAUAUACAAUCAUGUGUUCUCCAUUUCAAGCUACAAGUUCUGGAAAUAAUUUCUUCCGUAAAAAUUGAUUUUUUCAUUAACAAUAUAGAAGACAAAAGACAAUCACGCAAUUCAAAUGGGUGUGAGUUUUGAAAACGAUAAAUAUUUUUUUCAAUAUGUUAUCCCUAUUUCGCCACCGAUCCUGUGUCGUAUCACGAUUGCUCGCGUGUUCUUGUAGUAAAUAGAUCGUGUUUUCUCAAAUAAUUGAUACCUUGUGACCAUGUGUCCGCAUGUGAUAAUUUACAGUAGAUAAUUUUACGUUACAAGUGCGGAUCGGUACGUUAAUUUGGCCUCGAUAUAUACGUUGUGUCUACAUAAUUGAUGAUCAUCGAAUUCGAGGGCAAGGAGAAAACACUUUCACCUUAAGAAUAACCGAAAAACAUAAUAUGUACUGUGACGCGCGAUUGCCUUGAGUGAAUCUGUAUCGUCUUUUAAAAAUGUGUAUGCAUACGACACUAUUUUUCACGUAAUUUUUGCAUUUGAUACUUUCUUCGUGAGAAUUCUACGGCAGCUCUAAAAUUUUAACAGUCUCAUCAGUCUCAUUUCGAUAACUGAAUUGUUUAUCCUUAAAUGAUUCACAUGAAGAGAUUUUCUUGCGAGUAGUUAUGCCAUACUAAAUUUUCUUGCACUUUCUUGACUAUAUCUCUAUGUAUCUUUCUUCGCUUUCUUUUCCGAAUCUUUUUACCUAUGGCGUACAUCAUUAUUGUGCAGCAUUGUGCUAAGUAUUAUGUGUCAAACGUACUUAAAUAUUGUUAAAUGUUGUUAUUACUUUUAUUUAAGUAAUACAUAAAUAUAAGCAUAAGCUUAAUAAUAUUGUCCACAUGCUUGAAAGUUAUUUGAGCAAAUUAAUUAUUUUAUGUAUUUGUAAAAUACUGAUCAUGAGUAUUAAAUUUUAGUUAUAGAGAUGGAAACUUAGGGAUAAAAUUUAAGAACAUCGAACGCUAAUGACAGAAAUUAGAAAUGACUUUUAAGCGAGGCCAUUGUUUUUGUAAGACGUUUCAUAUGCUUAAAAAUUAUACAUAUUUAGGCAGUGUCGUGUUUUUCAUUCCACCGAAAUAUGAAACAAACAUUUAUUAUUGUAUAACGUAAGAUUUGUGUAUUAAUUAUGCGUAAUCCUUAUUGAUAUGGUACUAUUUCAUGCAAGAUUAUAGAUAUCAUGUGUUAUUAUAUCAGAGUAAUCAGAGUAAUCCCUUAGCAAUGGUACAAAUUUAUAUAUAAGUCAAUUAUUAAUUUUAAGUUUGAUUGGUUCGGUUAUAUUCUAGGUAAAACCUAUGAUUAUAUCGAUUCAAGCAUUUUUGCCGUCCGAUAUUAAUAAAUUUAAUACUUUUUUGUACGCCUUUAUUUUAACAAAUAAAUGAAUAUAAAAA